GUGUAACUUCCAUUAAUGUCUUCUUUCGUUGCGUCUCUUCUCUGUCUGUUUAUAUCCUAAAUAGUCUAAAGUGUCAAUUAUUAUUAGGAGAUGAGAAGAGUUGAACGGACUCUUGGACCCCAACACUUGUAAAAGGGAGACUGAUAUUUGUAUCCGGAUUUGGUGAAUCAUCUGAGAAUGAACAGGAUAGGUGGGUGGGAAUAGUUGUCUGGAGCAAUUUGUUUGAUUUGGGGUUGGAUUGCUGCAGAUUCUCGAGAAGAUGAUGUUUGACGAAAUGGGGUUUUGUGGUGAUUUUGAUUUCUUUUCGGCUCCAAUCAAGGAGUCUGGUGUUGAUAUGGUUUCGAUGCCUGUUACUGAGCAGCCGGUGGUGGAUGAUGAUUACAGUGACGAGGAGGAUAUUGAUGUGGAUGAAUUGGAGAGGAGGAUGUGGAGGGACAAGAUGAAGCUGAAGAGACUGAAAGAGAAUAAUAAGUCGAAGGAAGGUGUUGAUCCAGCCAAACAACGGCAGUCGGUAGAACAGGCGAGGAGGAAGAAGAUGUCACGAGCCCAGGAUGGGAUCUUAAAGUACAUGUUGAAGAUGAUGGAAGUGUGUAAAGCUCAGGGUUUCGUUUAUGGGAUCAUCCCGGAGAAAGGCAAGCCAGUGAGCGGGGCGUCUGACAAUCUCAGGGAGUGGUGGAAGGAUAAAGUGAGGUUCGAUCGAAAUGGUCCAGCCGCGAUAGCUAAGUACCAGGCGGAGAAUGCAAUCCCGGGAACGAACGAGGGCAGUGCUAAUCAAGUUGGUCCGACGCCUCAUACUUUGCAGGAGCUUCAAGACACCACCCUCGGUUCAUUGUUGUCAGCUCUGAUGCAGCAUUGUGACCCCCCUCAGAGGCGAUUUCCAUUGGAGAAAGGCGUUCCACCGCCAUGGUGGCCCACGGGAAACGAGGACUGGUGGUCACAGUUGGGUUUGCAGAAGGACAUAGGCCCUCCGCCUUAUAAGAAGCCUCACGAUCUGAAAAAGGCUUGGAAGGUUGGUGUCCUCACUGCAGUGAUAAAGCACAUGUCCCCCGAUAUUACCAAGAUUCGCAAACUGGUGAGGCAGUCCAAGUGCUUGCAAGACAAGAUGACAGCCAAGGAAAGUGCAACUUGGCUCGCCAUCAUUAACCAAGAGGAAGCUUUGGCUCGGGAGCUUUACCCUGAUCGCUGCCCUCUGCCUUUUUACUCAGGCAUAUUCACUGUGCCUGAUAGCAGCAGCGAGUAUGAUGUCGAUGGUAUUGACGACGAGGCUUGCUUUGAUGUUCAAGAACAAAAACCAAAGCAUCUCAAUUUGUUGCAUAUGGGUGUUGAGAGGUUCCAAGACACAAUGGCGGUGCCACAACAACCUCAUCCUCCAAUCAUUUCCAACUUUGAUUUCACAAGGAAGAGGAAGCCAGACAACGAACCCCCCCGGCCUGUUCUCUUGGAUGACAAAAUCUAUACUUGCGAGUUUUCUCGAUGUCCUCACAGCGAGCUGGGCCUUGGUUUUCAGGACAGAACAUCCAGAGACAACCAUCAGUUAACUUGCCCUCAUAGGGGGAGGAAUUCCCCUUCCCCCCCUCGAUUUGGAGUUUCUAAUUUCCACAUCAAGCCGGUGGGCUUCCCCCAACCCAAUCUUACUUCCUUUGAUCUUGGGGGCGUCCCAGAAGACGGGCAGAGGAUGAUCAGUGAUCUUAUGACAUUCUAUGAGACGAACUUACACCGCAACAAAAACUCUAAUUCUGGGAAUAACAUUGCAGCCACUACACCACCAAACCUUCAGUGUCAAAAGAACAUUACUUACCUUCAAAACCACAGUAUAAUGGAGGGCAACAUCUUCGAGGAUCAGUGCAAGCUCUUGAACUCUCCUCUCAAUACCAACUCUUUCCCCUUCACAUUCGGGUCUCCAUACAACCUACAAAACAUCGACUACGCUGAGGGUUUACCUGGCGCUGUACAGGAUUCCAUGCCAAAGAAAGAUGCAGCAGCAACAAUCUGGUACUAGCAAUAGCACUCUCAAGUUUUGCUCUAUUAUGGAUCAAGCAGUUGCACAUAUUGGAUCAAUUUGUCUGCUAUGGUCAGAUGGCUUUUUAGCUUCAUACAGUUCCAUCUAUUAGUUAAUUAUAGCAUUUCCUUUACCAUGAAGUUACAAGUGAAGGGCUAUGACUGGUGUUGUAUCAAACCAGUUAUUUAUUAUGCUUUUGUAGUCCAAAGAUAUUGCCAUGCUCAUGAAAGAACUUGUAGAUGUUUCAUAAAUAAAUUGCGUUUGAUUCAA